AUGGUCGAAGAAAACAAGAUUUUGGUCAAGCAGUCCCCCAAGCUUGUGGUGGAUAACAGCAAAGUCGCCCUCAGCUGCAGAUAUUCACAUAACCUUCUCCCAAAGGAGUUCCGCGCGUCCCUGUAUAAGGGAGUCAACAGCGAUGUGGAAGUCUGCCUUGUGCAUGGGAACUUCUCCUCCCAGCUUCAGUUUCACUCAAACGUGGGGUUCGACUGUGACGGGAAACUGGACAACGAAACAGUGACAUUCUACCUCCGGAAUCUGCACGUUAACCAAACAGAUAUUUACUUCUGCAGAAUCGAGAUCCUGUACCCUCCUCCUUACCUAGACAAUGAGAAGAGCAAUGGGACUAUUAUUCACGUGAAAGAGAAACAUCUUUGUCAUGAUCAGGCAACUCCGAAGCUGUUUUGGGCACCGAUCGUGGUUGCUGGAGUCCUGUUAUUUUAUGGCUUGCUAGUGACAGUGGUUCUUUAUAACGUCUGGACAAAUAGCAGAAGGAACAGACUCCUUCAGAGUGACUACAUGAACAUGACACCCCGGAGACUUGGGCCGACCCGCAAGCAUUACCAGCCCUAUGCCCCAGCGAGAGACUUUGCAGCCUACCGCCCCUGACAGGGACCCCUAUCCAGAAGCCAGCCGGCUGGUACCGCUCUACCUGUUCAACACCACUGCUCUGGAUAGGAAAGGAUAGCCUCAUCGUCAGCCGGCCACUUUGGACCUCUUCUUGGACCACCUUUGCUAAUUGUUUCGGAGCGAGCGUCUACUAGAUCUAACAUCACGAUCAUCUUGAGACUCGGGAAUGAAUUUAGAGAAGCUUCCACAGCAGGUUAAAUUCUGCAUGCCUCGACCCAGACUUAAGCUUAGUAUAUUUAUUGACUUGGUUGAGAAGUUAGAGUAGAGAAAACAAAAAGUGAGAGGAUUCAUUCGGCCGUGGAAGACAAUUUCCAGGCUGUAUCGAGCCCGGUUCCUUCUCACGUACCGGCACAUUUCAGUCACCUGAAGUGUGACAGCUAAAGAUGUUUUAGAUAGAGUAGAAAGGCUACAACAGCCUUCUUUUUGGCUAAGUUGGCAUUUAGGGUGGGAAUAGGUUAGAGUCACAGAGUAUAGUACUUAAGUGUUUGAAAAUAAUUAAAACACUGUUGCCCACUCAGGAAAGGAGCCUCUUAGUUCCUGUUUAGUGUUUUCCUGUUAGUUUAGAAAGCUGUGGACAUAUUUUUAAUGAAUUCUGACCAUUUUUAAUCACUUUCAUCCAUGGAAUGCCCUCAAAGCACCCCAGGGCUUACUUCCCUUAUUCCCUGUCAUGGGAAUUCAAUAUUAUUAAUAGUCACAACAUGAUCUCAGAACUAAAUAUCCCUCCCACACCAGGAGGAAUGUGAGAGGAAAUAAGGUCACUUUACAUAUUAAGAAAAAAAUAUCUGAAGGCUAUGAAGGAUCAUCUGUUUAGUAGCUUGUUACAGGCAAACCAUUUAAGUUUCAUCUUUCCACGGUUGGUUUCCUUGUUGUCUUUGUGGGUGUUUGAAGUGGAAUACUGAAAUUGCAUCUAUAUAGAGCUAGUCAUGAUACUGUGAAAAGGGGGUGUUAGCAUUUAGCAGGUGGCAAGGAUGAGUUCCAAGCAGCUUCCUCUGAGGAAGGGGAUGAGGCAACUCUCACCGGGCACUAAAGAGGUGAUUAUUUUCCAGGCAGUAUCUUAGGGAGCCCAGCAUAAGUUCCUUUAGACUCAAAAGUUUAGAGGGACUGUAGAUGCUCUAGGGCUCAGAACUCCAGGAUUUUGUGAGCUCAGCUGCUUGGGACCCUGUGGAUUCACUGACAUGACAAAUUAUUUUGGAGUGUGUCUUUAGGGACAACAUCAUAGUUCUCAAGAGAACCUGCAAAGGCCCGAUACUGGAUUGAACAUGGACUUUUAAAAAUUUGCUUCCAGUUUGGGUCAACUGGAAUAUAUCUGGGGACCCUAAGGAAUGUCUACAGCUGUCUUCACCAUUUGUUCAGUGCUUUGAAUUAUUCCGAGGUUUUAGAGGCAGGUAGACCUGAUAAAAAUCUCAUCACUAGUUGAAUGGCCUCAGGCAAGGCACUGUUCAUCUAAGACUACUCAACUGCAAAAUGAGCAUCAUGAAACCUGCUGCCAUCCUCCUGCCUCUGCCUCCCAGGUGCUGGGGUUACAGGAGUACACAGUCAUGCCCAGCUUGUAACGGACAUUUAAGCCCAAACCCAUGAGGAUCUUUUCGCUUCACCAAUUUUCUAGCUAAUUGGAAUAGUUUAUCUUGCAAUCAAACAUAAGGCAUUUCCCUAUUGUUGUUUUUAUAUAUAAAGAUAUCUUUAAACAUUUUUUUAAUAUGAAGAAGAGGAAGGGAUAGGAAUCUUUUAAUUAUAGACAGACAAUGUUGUGCUCUGAUAGUUUUUUUUUUUUUUUUUUAAGUUGGCUUCUACUCUGUGCCUUUGAUCAAACUGGUGAAGGCCAAGAUCAGCCCGACUUGUAUGCUGAAAGCCUGCUGGCUUGACCUUGGCCCUUGUGAUUGCAGCCAGCCUUUUGACAUGGAGAGUUCUUGAUUCAAGUUAUGCAAUCGUCUUUGAAAAUGACGUCACUGGAGAGUUUUUAGGAAGGGCAAUAGCAAAUAACAAACACUUUUUUUUUUUUAAAUGGAAAGAUUUGAUCUUUGGUAAUCAAUAACUUUGUUUUCUAACUGGAAAAGGAGGGUUACUGGAGAUGAAUCACACCUGAGAUGUUUCAUAACUGCUCCGAACAGAGCCAAAGCACAGGAGUCAUAGGUGUUUCACUAUUGGUGUGAACCAACAAACGGUUUGAAAACACUGGGUAAGAGGACAGCUUUUGCCGUUUGGGGGAUGCAGUGUGCAGGAAGAAAACUGUGUCAUUUGCUGCUAUUAUUGCAAGAGUCUUGGAAUUGAAGGUGUGCCUGUCAUUUUUAAUUGUGAGCUCACCUAUUUGGGACUGAGCGUGCCAAUUUAAAGAGAAUCAGUGUACCUUGUUUCUGCAUCCAGUGAUAAAAUCACCACACUAACAUGUGCCUGUUUUUAAACUUGUGCUGUAACAUUGUCCCCAGGAUUGGGUAUGCAGCGAAUCUGGAGAUAGUUUGCUAUUUGAAAGAGUAUAUCAUAAAUCUUUGUGUAUCUCUCUCUCUCUCUCUCUCUCUCUCUCUCUCUCUCUCUCUCUCUCUCUCUCUCUCUCGUAUGUGUGUGUCUCCCUGCCUCCCUCGACUUUGUCUCUGUCUCUUUCUCUCUCUCUCCAGAUUUUCAAACAUUGGUUUCUCUCGGAAGAAAUACAACUUUGCUUGGCUUCAGUAUUAGUUUAUCAACAGGCCAACGUUUUGCCUCUUUGAGAUGUCAAGCUGGCUUGACCCAUGUGGUCUGGCUGAUAUGUCUGCCAUGGGACAGCUAUAACUGGACUGAGCCUUCAGUCAUUUAAUUCUUCAGUCAUUUAGUCCACUAACUGAGCCACUAAUCUGCAUGGCUGUUUUCAUGGGCAGAGUGAUGGUCAGGUGGACGUCUGAUCCCUCACCUCUGCCUCUGUCCUGCCCUAUGGGAAUACAGGGGACUUGUAGUCUCACCUGGAAAUGUUAAACUCAACUACAUGAGAUGGACCUGAAACCACAAUAGUCCCUUCCAUUUAGCCACCACGAACCCAGGUUAAACACAAUGGUGUGGAUUCUUCCAGGACUUAGGUGAGUGAGUUUGUGCCCUCUACAAGGCCAGCUGAAGCUUAAAUCUCUCUUGCACUGGUAUGUUUAUGCAAAUAUCAAAAGCUUGUUCCCACCUCAGGAACUUUACACAUACUAUUCACUCUGUCUAGAAUGUUAUUUCCUAGACAUCUAUUUGAUUUGCUCUUACUUCCUCGACACAUUGGCUUAAAUGUUACUUUCAACCAUAGUUAAUUACCCCUUCAACCUGUCUUCCUGCCUUAUUUUUCGCUAUGACGCGUUACCAUCUCUUAUACUAGAUGUUUUCCUUAUUUAUUGGUUUAUUGUUUGUUUUUCUAAUCUAAACUGGCUCUCCAGAGGGAAAGAACUCCAUUUGCUUUGUUUUUUGUUUUGCUGUAUCCCCACUGCCUAGAAUAAUGCUUAGCGUGCACUAAGUAUUUAUUGGCUGAAUAAACGGACUUCACAUGGGC